CAACAAAAUAAAGUUUCUAAAUGUGAAAGUUCUUAUCUAAAUCCGAUAUUUAUUGGAAUUUUGUUAUAAACAAUACAAUCUGUAGUAAUGUGUUAUUUAUGUUGAACGAACCUACUUCAAUAAGGGUUAUAAACAUUACUCGCCAAGGUUCCUUUGUUUGAAAAGGCCUGAUAUAGAAAAUGAAUACUUUGAGUGCUAAAUUGAAGGACUUUUUCCUUAAUCUGAAAACUGACGCCGUGCCGCGGCCGCCGAGGAAUCGGCCAGUAGAACAGGAUACCCCUCCAGAGGAAAACGAUGAAAACUACGACCCUAAUAAUGAAGAACCUGAAGUUAUUGUCAUUGAGGAACCGGACGAUGAUUUGAAGAAGGAGAAAAAUAAGAAAUCGAAAUCCAAGAAAGACUUUUUCAAAGAGGAAACUAAAGGAGGAAAACCUUAUAAACAGGAGAAAAGGAAAAGUGAUUGCAUAGUAAACACACAAGCAACUGGUAAUGUGAUUAACAUAGUGAACUCCAAAGAUGUCCGUUGGGGAGAUGACUAUUAUAUGGGCUCGGCAAAACCGCCCUCUAAGAAUAUGGACCCCGAAGAGGAGGAGGUUGAGAAGUGUAAUCUUAUCACUUUACUCAUGGAGGCUAGGCAAAAACCCAUACAACAUGAGUACUUGGACCAGAUAUCGGGGAACUUGGGCAAGAACUGGUAUGGUCUGUUCAUAUCGCUGGGCUUUCUGAAGGGGAAGAUUGAGACCAUGGAGAUCAAUACACGGGAUUAUGGGGUCACAGAGGCGCGCUACAAGUUGCUGCUGGAUUGGACGAACAACGAUGAUGACGGCACGCUCGGAGGCUUGACCAAGAAGCUCUGGGACCACGGAGAUCGAGCGCUCGUGAAGCAACUCGCAAUAAUGUACAACAAAAAUAAGAACAAGUAACUAUAGUAGUGCUUUUAAGGAUU